AUGGGGGACACGGCGGCGCCUCCGCAGCCCCCCGCGGCUGGACUCCCCGGGGUGACCCCCGGGGCGGGGCUCCCCGGGGGCGGCCCCCGCGUGCACAGCGCCAUCGUGGAGCGCCUCCGGGCGCGCAUCGCCGUGUGCCGCCGUCACCACCGCAGCUGCGAGGGCCGCUACGAGCGCGGCCGCGCCGAGAGCUCCGACCGGGAGCGCCAGAGCACGCGGCAGCUGCUGAGCCUCGUGCAGCACGGACAGGCCGCCCGCAAGGCCGCCCGCCAGCCCCGCAGCAGCGCGCAGCCCGACCCCGCGCGCCCGCACCCGCUCCCGCAGCCCCCGCGCAACGCGGACGCCCGCGCGCCCGCCCCGACGGCCCUGCCCAACGCCGGGGACCCGCGGCACUCGGCCCUGCUGGCGCUGCAGGGAUCCCUGAAACGGAAACAGACCCUCCCCGCGGCUGCCGCCCCCAGCAAGAGGCUCGAUGGCUUCAUCGAUGGCGACUUCCUGGACAUUAAGAGAAUCUGCACUGGGGAAGUCCCGGGUGCUGGUCAGGGGCCUCUCCAGGCCAACAACGGACGAGGCCCAAUGGCCCCGGGGACGCUGCCCCUCGGCCAGGCAAUGGCCAGGAAGCCUCUGGCCACCCCGGCACCCGCACCGCCUGCUGCUUCUGACAACCUGUUCAACCUGGGCUUGAGGCCAGUGAAGAAGGAGCCGGGAGAGGCCCAGUCCUGCAGUCAGCGCCUGGAUGGACCCCAGGGCGCCUGCAGCGAGGACCCGGCAGAGCCCCUGAUGGACCCCGAGCUGCAGGAGCUCUUCAAUGAGCUGUCGAGCAUCUCGGUGCCGCCCAUGAGCGACCUGGAGCUGGAGACGAUGAUCAGCGCCACCAUCAAGCAGGGAGACCCCUUCAGCUUGGACCUGGGCCAACCGCAGAGCCACAGGAGCCCUCCUGGCCCCCCGCUGCCCUCCGACAAGCCCCUCAUCAAGACCGAGUGCUCCCCAGGCCUGGGACAGUCCCCCUCCCUGGGCUCUCCGCAGCUGCGGCCCUCGUCGGCUGGCCAGGCUUUCCCUGCUUCCCCCUCCUUGGCUUCGGGCCCUCAGGGCCAGUCUCAGCCCAUCCCCGGCACCGGCCGGGCUUUGCCCAGCUGGCAGGACAUGCCCCAUGCCCAGCAGCUGAAGCAGAUGGCAGCCAGCCGACAGCAGCAGCCCUCGGCCUGGCCGCCCGCCCCGUUUCGGCAGGAGCAGACCCCCGGCCCCAAUGCGGCCCAGAAGCCCUUUGGGGUCCAGAGUUCACCCCUGCCUGGGGCUGGCAGCGAGAGUGGCCAGGCCAAGGUACAGAGUGGCAGUUACCUGUACAAGGCCGGGCCCCCACAGCAGCCCAAACCUCAGGAACUGCAGCGGGGCUUUGGAAGCAACGGGCACAGCAGCACCAAGCUCCUGCUGCACUUUGGCCCCGAGUCAGGUGGCCAGCAGCAGCCCCCAGCCCUGCCCUCGGCCAGCAAGCCUCGCCUGCCCCCCUAUGUCCCAACAACGCCUGCCCAGCCUGCACCACCUCUGCCAGGCCAGCCCCUGCUGCGGUCAUCCCUACCCAUUGUGCCACAGAAGAUGCAGAGCCCGGCGCUCACUGGACUGGGGUACUCUGUGUCCCCCCAGCACAGACAGGAGCAGACCCCAGUGAUGGGCCAGAGCUCAGGCACCAGUUCCAGCCCUGCCAGCACCUUCCUGAGCUCCCAGCCGGCCCUGCUGGCUCCCCAGUUGAUGGGCAAGAAGCCACCACUGCAGAGGCCACUGGCCGAGCAGGCACAGAAGCUGCUGCUCCCAACACAGAUGCUGAGCAAUAACGAGAAGGCCACCUCGCAGGAUCAGAUGAGCCGACAUUUGUCAAGGCCACCCCCAGACUACAAAGACCAAAGGAGAAAUGCCAGCAACAUGUCCCCAAGCACCCCCUAUGCUGGGCCCUCACCCGCCAUGACCUUGAACUCCAGCCACACCUUGGCCACCCCAGCGUCCACACAGGCCCUCGUGACCCAGGCCCACGGCACCCGUCUGCCACCCGUCUCCACGGCCGUCCAGAAUCAGAAUGCAGGCACAUUUGCCAACCUGCCCUGCAGCCAGCCCAGCCAGUACAGCGCCGUGGCGGGCAUGGCCCAGCUGGCACCGCAGAGGAACACCCAGCAGCUGGGAACAGGCCCUGGAGCGCCCCAGAGCCCCCGGCCCCCCACAUUGGCACCAAGCGGGAGCCAUAGCAGUGCUGCAUUUGUGACUGCAUCCAUGGGCACCUUGUCGCAGCCCAGACUCAGUCUACCCCACAGCCUGGGUGGCCUGGCACCCCAGCAGGCCCCUCCGGAGAUGUUGAGGACGCCCACAGGGGCGCCACCGGGCUGGGCCUCGCAAGAAGCGUCAGCCAAGCCACAGGAAGCUCUGAAGCCCACGGGUGUUCCCUUCCCCGCUGUCACAUCUGCCGCCUACACCCCCAAUCAGUCUCUGCCUCAAGUCUUGGGGGGCCGACAGUUUUCCCCAUUGGCUGCAGUGGCCCCCAGCCCCCUGGCGCCUUCAGGCGUGCAGGCGAGACCCCUGAACCAAGUGAGCCAGGCAUUGAACGGGCAAAGUCUGGGAACUCUUCAGGGCUCCACGCUCAGGCCCGGUGCUCUGGGGGGCCCCAUGCUGCCCGCUUUGAACCUGUCGGUUGCAGGGCUGGGCCAGGCGACCCCGGCAGCCCUGCUGGCUGGUAGCUUUCCUUCCGCUGGCCAGACUGCCAGGCCUUUCCAGGGCUCGGAGCCGGGAGGGGCUGACCUGACUUUUGACCUCCUUAGCCCACCAGCGCCGGAUGGCCUGGGGCCUACACUCAGCAGUGACACCGAUUUCCUGGACUCUUUGCUGAAGACAGAGCCCGGCAAUGAUGACUGGAUCAAAGACAUCAACCUUGAUGAGAUCUUGGGGAGCCACACAUGAGUGUGUGGGCCCAGGUUGAGUGCUGGGCAGCUGGAAGGAUCAGGAGUGGCCUUGUGGCGGCAGGCCAGUAUUCCCCCCAGCCCCGGGGCCACGUAGCAAGCAGCCUGAGCCUAACCCUGACCUGCAGAGAGAAAGUGUCUGUCACUCACCCUGUGAAACAUGCUCCAAGUCUCUAUUUUCCUAAAAGGAAUUAGACUCACCUUCUCCUGCUCCAGCCACAACAACCUGGGGAACCUGUCCGGUCCUCCAGUUUGUUGCUGCUCGCUCCUGUCGCCUCCAGGGUGAGAGAACCCAUGACCUGAGUGCGAGAACCAUUUCUAGAGUCCCUCUCUGCUGGACAUGGCCACUCUGGGUGCUGACUGCGUCUCCAAACCCCAUUCUAGACCCUCUUCAUGCCCAUGCUAUGGGCAGGUGCACACCUGGAUGCCUUGCUUUCCCAGGGUGCAAGUGGGUCCAGCUGUAGUGGUUGCAGCCCCCAAGCCUGGUGAGCCAGAGUAGGUUCUUUCUGCUCAGCUAACGAUGGUGACAGGGACAUGUAUGUCAGAGAAGGGGGCAUAGGAGCCCUCUAGGAUCCCAGAACCCAGGGAAGAUGGAGCCUCUGGGUUUUGAGCCAAGCAGGAUGCUGGAAGGCAGCAGAAGUGAGAGGGGAAAGCCCCUGGGUCCUGGUGUGGUGACCAGGCAGAGCAGCUAACCACCCAUGGCCCAUACAUGUGUCCUUUUCAUCCUCCUCAGAGCUGGCCUCUUCUGUCAAGACUGAGCACUGCCUGCACUGACUCUGGGGCCUUUAUUGUAAGAGACCUAGGAGUCCCCCUCUCCUCUGCAGCACCUCAUCUGUGAAGUGGGGGAGUUUGUGCUGAUUUGGGACAGCGGCAAAGUCCCUCGCUUACCGCCCUGCAGACACGUGGCAUCCAUCUUCUGUGUCCAUGAUGAAUUUUAGCCCUGGGUUCAGACAAAAUAACUGGGGCCUUUCAGAUCUUUCAGCAUCUCUGGCAAGAUGGGAACUUCUGCCACACCCGCUCCCCACCUCUACAAAGUUCAGCCGCCUCUCCUCUCCAGCGCGCACCGACCAGCACCACGGUCCAGACUCUCCUGUGCUGGUUUGUGAAUAGAAAUAAAGGACUCUUUUUGUAAACUUUUGUAAAGAAUAUUUUGGUAGAGAUACUUAAGCCAUAUUCUUUGGGUUAUAUUUAUACAUAUGUGAAAUAAAUAUACUACCAGAAGGUUUUAUUUUA